CCGCGGGGAGAGGCUGUGCGUUGUGGGGCCCGUGUCCCUGGUCCCGGCCCGCCGCGCGCGAGCUCCAGGAUGGCCCUGUCCCCAGGGCUGGCUCCUGACGGGCCAGGCCCUGACUCAGUACUCCUUCAUUUUCGAGAAACCUGACUGAGUGCCUUUGGAAGGGCGCUGCAGGCGAUUUCUGCUGGAUCCCUCUCCGAUGCACUCGCCCCUUUGCCUCUGCAGUUUCCCUUCGAGUCCUCCAGAGCCCCUCUUGCCAUAGUCCUCCCCCCUUCUUUGUGGACACUGCCUUUCCUCUGUGGGGUUACUGAACCCCGUGUUGUCCCGGGCCACUCGACGGCUUCCGUACCCACACGCGCCUCUCCGGAGAGGUGCCGAGAUGCCCAGCGCCCCAUUCCAGUGAGCUCUGCUGGGCCCCGCCCAGUUCAGCAGUUAGGGACUUGGGCAGGUUUGACAGGAGGGUGUGUUUUACACACGCAAUGCCCCCACAUUCCUAGCAGCUAGACAAGACGGAGUGAGGAAACUUCAUGGAGGAAAUGCCACCCAAGGGUUGAGAGCUGGAGUAGAAUUGGCCUAGAGAAAGUGAUCUUUGAGGACAGACCUUAUUGGGCCAAUGUCUGACCAUGGAGAUGUGAGCCUCCCACCCCAAGACCGGGUGAGGAUUCUGUCCCAACUUGGGAGUGCUGUUGAAUUAAAUGAAGACAUUCCACCUCGCCGAUACUUUCGUUCUGGCGUUGAGAUCAUCCGCAUGGCAUCCAUUUACUCUGAAGAAGGCAACAUUGAACAUGCCUUUAUCCUCUACAAUAAGUACAUCACGCUGUUCAUUGAAAAACUUCCAAAACAUCGAGACUACAACAAAUCAGUUAUCGUUACUGAGAAGAAAGACGCGGUCAAGAAAUUAAAGAACAUUGCUUUCCCUAAAGCAGAAGAACUGAAGGCUGAACUCUUGAAAAGAUACACAAAAGAAUAUGAGCAGUAUAAAGAACAAAAGAAAAAGGAAGAAGAGGAACUUGCCCGAAAUACCGCCAUCCAGCAAGAGUUGGAAAAAGAAAGACAGAGGGUUGCCCAGCAGAAGCAGAAGCAGCUAGAGCAGGAACAAUUUCAUGCCUUUGAGGAGAUGAUCCAGAAGCAGGAACUGGAAAAAGAGCGGCUAAAAAUUGUUCAAGAGUUCGGAAAGGUAGACCCUGGCCCAUGCGGGCCUCUGCUACCUGAUCUGGAAAAGCCUUGUGUAGACAUGGUCCCCAUUUCACCUUUCUCACCCACUCAAACUUCAGACUGUAGCACAACCGUGAGACCAGCUAAGCCACCUGUGGUGGACAGGUCCCUGAAACCUGGAGCACUGAGCAUCAUAGAAAAUGUUCCCACCAUUGAAGGCCUGCGCCACAUCGUGGUGCCCCGCAAUCUGUGCCCAGAAUUUCUCCAGCUUGCCAGUACCAAUACUGCCAAAGGCAUUGAAACUUGUGGAGUCCUCUGUGGAAAAUUGAUGAGAAAUGAAUUCACAAUCACGCAUGUUCUCAUCCCCAGACAAAAUGGUGGGCCUGAUUAUUGUCACACAGAGAAUGAAGAAGAAAUUUUCUUUAUGCAGGAUGAUCUUGGACUCCUCACCCUUGGCUGGAUCCAUACUCACCCAACCCAAACGGCCUUUCUGUCCAGUGUGGAUCUGCACACCCACUGCUCCUACCAAAUGAUGCUCCCCGAGUCCAUAGCCAUUGUCUGCUCCCCCAGGUUCCAGGAAACUGGAUUCUUUAAGUUGACCGACUAUGGCCUUCAAGAGAUUUCAACCUGUCGGCAGAAAGGCUUUCACCCCCACGGCAGAGACCCACCUCUGUUCUGUGACUGCAGCCAUGUCACUGUCAAGGACAGGAUUGUGACCAUCACAGACCUUCGAUAAAUUUCAAUCAUGAUCCAGGAAGAUGGCUGAAGGCACUUGCCACCAAGCCCGGCAGCCCAAGUUCACUUCCUGAUGCCACAUGCUAGAAGCAGACACGGACUUCCCCCAGGUCACCUCGACCUCCGCUGUGCGCUGUGGUAUGUGUGCACCCACACAUAUACACAUGCACACCCACACAUCAACCAAUUAACGUAAAUUACAACAGCCUCCCCUCCCCUCCCCCCAGACUGCUCCGUGUACUCACCCCCAGUGGAGUUAAGCUUUUAAGACACAAUAGGAAAGGUCAACCUGAGGGGAGACUGUUGGAUUUUUUAACUUAUUAUUUGAAAAUAAGUCAUUUUUAAAUGAUAAAUCUUAAAAUGAGCAAAUCUCUCCAAGCAACUAACUCAAAAAUUAGGGAGCAAGAGAAGACACCUCUCUGCCUGCCUCGAUCCAACCACUGGCCUUCUGUCCCUCUUGCAGUUUAUCUGCCAACUUGUUCAUGCCUUCCUUUGGGCUAAAUAAGGGCAUCUAUGCAAAACUGUGAAAGCCGUUUUGAAAGAUUUGGCUUUUUCUUGUUUAUGGCACUACUAAAGGGGCUUGUCACUCUGGCAGAGGAGCAGGAGGAGCUCACAGCCCCCACAAAUUGACACUGAUUUUGUUUAAAAGUCUGUUAUUUACCAGGAUGUUGCUCUGUAAUAAAACAGCUCACUUGUG